AUGCUUUCGAUUAUUAACAAGGGUCUCAGUGCCCAUGGAAGACGCUCUAUGAGUACCAUCCGAUACUCUGAAUUUGGUCACCCACUUACUGUCCUCAAGACCGAAGGAGAUGAAAAGGAUGUCGCACCAGCCAAAGGCCAAGUUUCGCUCAAGUUUUUAGCUGCACCGAUCAAUGUAGCCGACUUGUCGCAGAUCCAGGGAGCUUAUGGUAUUAAACCUAAACUCCCGGCUGUGGCUGGGAACGAAGGUGUAGCCAUUGUCACGGCUGUCGGUACUGGGGUCACGAAUGUCAAAAUUAACGACCGAGUGAUCCCUACGAGUGCUAGCUUUGGUACGUGGCGUAGCAAAGCUGUGGCGGAGAGUACCGAUGUGAUGAAAAUUUCAGACAAAAUCAAGAUUGAGGAUGCAGCGACGCUGACUGUAAACCCUUCGACGGCUUACCGUAUGCUGGCUGACUUUGUGACGCUCAAGAAGGGUGAUGUGGUGAUUCAGAACGGUGCUAACAGUGCUGUCGGCCAGGCUGUGAUUCAGUUGGCUGCUUUGCGGGGCAUCAAGACUAUCAACAUUAUUCGUGAAGACGGCGACUACGACGUGACGGUGCAACAUUUGAAGAGUCUGGGGGCUACCGUUGUGUGUACUGCUGAUUACAUGGGCUCGGCCAAGUUCAGGGAGAUGACCUCGGACCUGUCAGCACCAAAGCUUGCCCUGAACUGCGUGGGCGGAAAAACCAGCCUUGAGAUGGCAAAGGUACUGGCGAAGAAGGGUGUGCACGUCACGUACGGCGGUAUGAGCAAGGAGGCUGUUGCCGUAGGCACGGGCGCGCUCAUCUUCCACGACAUUACGCUCAAGGGCUUCUGGCUCAGUCAGUGGGUCAAGGACUCGACAAUCGAGGAGCGUGCUGCUAUGUUGUCGGAGCUUGCUGGUCUCGUGGAGGCUGGUAAGCUGCGAACUUGGAUUCAGACAUAUAAGUUCGCGGACUUUGACGACGCUCUCCACGCUGCUGUAAACCGCACAACGAAGCGCAAGGUCGUCCUACUCAUGGACUAG